GUCGCAAAGAGAACCACUAAAAGUGGCCUGUUAACGGUGCCCUCAGUUAUCUAUGUACAGAGUGUUCGUACAAGCGAUACCACAUUCGAAAAGUUACCGUGAAAGUUGAAGACAGCCAGAAAAGAGGCGGACUCAAGCUAAAUCAAGUGUGUGUAAUCUAGGGAAUAACCGUACAUUUUUGAAUCGAUACGUACGAAUUUGUUUGAAACUCUAGCCGAAACAAUUCAGGUCAAGCCUUGUGUCCAUGUGUUGUGUGUGGAACGGUUAAAAUGGAUUCGCUUCUGGAAUGACAGCUGUGGAAUGUCCGAGCAGAUUUGAGAAGCAAAACACCAAGAAACGAAAGAAAUGAAUGUCGUCAACAUGGACGCGGAAAACCGCGUCGUUCUCAAUGUUGGAGGAAUCCGCCAUGAAACAUACAAAGCAACCCUGAAAAAAAUUCCUGCCACCAGACUAUCGAGGCUCACCGAAGCACUGGCCAACUAUGAUCCCUUAUUGAAUGAAUAUUUCUUCGACAGACAUCCGGGAGUUUUCGCACAAGUUUUGAAUUAUUACAGGACUGGAAAAUUACACUACCCCUCAGAUGUAUGUGGACCACUUUUCGAGGAGGAGCUCGAGUUCUGGGGUCUAGAUGCAAAUCAAGUGGAACCGUGCUGCUGGAUAACGUAUACGCAGCAUCGAGAUACACAAGAGACUUUAGCAGUUUUAGAUAGGUUAGACCUAGAUACAGAUAAACCAAGUGACGAAGAGAUAGCUAGGAAGUUUGGAUUCGAAGAAGAUUAUUACAACGGAACAUUGUCGUGGUGGCAACUGAUGAAACCCAAAAUUUGGUCAUUAUUCGAUGAGCCAUACUCAUCAACAGCAGCAAAAGUGAUAGGAGUGGUAUCGGUAUUCUUCAUAUGCGUCUCAAUACUCUCAUUCUGCCUCAAAACUCACCCAGAUAUGAAGGUUCCCUCAUUGAGAGUGAUCGAAUUACGCACGUCCGCCAACGGAACAGACUAUUACGUCGACAAAAUCGACACCGACGCCCACAUAGUCUUCUUCUACAUUGAGUGCAUCUGCAACGCCUGGUUCACCUUCGAAAUCCUCAUAAGGUUCAUAUCCAGCCCCAGUAAGUGCGAGUUCAUCAACUCCUCCGUCAACAUCAUCGACUACAUCGCCACAGCUAGCUUCUACAUCGACCUUAUGCUCAGGAGAUUCGCUUCCCACCUUGACAAUGCGGAUAUCAUGGAGUUCUUCUCCAUCAUCCGCAUCAUGAGACUCUUCAAGCUGACAAGGCAUUCUUCCGGGUUGAAGAUCCUGAUACAGACUUUCAGAGCGUCAGCCAAGGAGCUGACUCUCCUAGUGUUUUUCCUAGUUCUAGGUAUAGUGAUUUUCGCGAGUUUGGUUUACUACGCUGAGAGAAUCCAAACGAAUCCAGACAAUGACUUCAAGAGUAUUCCUUUGGGACUGUGGUGGGCGCUGGUGACGAUGACCACUGUGGGGUAUGGGGACAUGGUACCAAAGACCUAUAUAGGAAUGUUUGUUGGUGCGCUAUGUGCUCUAGCUGGUGUGCUGACGAUAGCGUUGCCAGUGCCCGUUAUUGUUUCGAACUUUGCUAUGUAUUAUAGCCAUACGCAGGCUCGUGCGAAACUUCCCAAGAAGCGCAGGAAAGUUCUCCCUGUGGAACCCACCAGAGGUCCUCGUCUACCGGGACAAACCGUUGAGUGGGCUGAAGUUGGAAACUGGUGGAAACUGGUCCUGCCAGGAUUGAUAGGGGUGACGUCAUCCCUAAAUCCAAACGGGGUUGGACUCGAAUCAAAUCCAGCAUUUUUGAUGGGCAGACCAAAAUUUGAGAACACUCCAGCCUCGCAAGCGACUCAAGUGAACCUGGCACAAAGUUCAGGGCACUGUUAUACGACAUUGAAACCAACAAACUAACCGUAAAGUAAUAAAAACCCACGAGAGUGAGUGUUAAGUACGAGCAGAGGAAUAACGACUGUGAAAUAGCCUUUUAUUGCAUUUUUUGUUCGGUUCACAA